AUGGAAUCGCAAAAGAGCGCCGAAUGGGGGAAAAUCGAAACCCGCCCGAACCCCGGAGAGAUCACGUGCCCGCCACCGCCGCGGGUUUUGGCUGAUUUGGCUGAUUUGGCUUCAAGGCCCUUUUGGCGCGUGCGCUUCUUUCUGCUGCAAGAGACGUCAAGUCCUGCCUCGAAUCUAUCGGAUCCAGGUCUUCAGUUCGAUGAUCUCCGACGAGACACACUCAUAAACAAUAAGAGAAAAAAAGCUUCGGUCCAGGGGGUUUUCUCCCCACAACGUUUCCGACUACGAUCAAUAUCGUGCACUUUCAACCGUGAUUCUUUUUGCGUGACGGCCGCAUAUGCCGUGGAUUUAAGGCUGGCUCCUCCUCGUCCUCGUCGUGAUGCUGCAUCUGCGCCCAUUGCUACUCAACAUCUCCGGUCACCUGCUGCGUCUGACCUGAUUCCUUUGCCCCAUUCCUCCGACGAAACCCUCCUUCAAUCUUCCACCUUUUACACCAGCUUGACGUCCAUUCUCUCAAAGCUGGAUUCCCGCGACAAAGACGGGGCCCCCGCAGCCGUUGUCCCGCCCUCCCCUUCGGCCCCCCGGACCCCUAGCAGCAUUAGCAGCAGCGACAACGAUGGUGGCCAUUCGGUCCCUUCGUCGGCCCUUCACCCCCGCGUGGCGGUCAUUCUAGGCGUGGAUCGCAAAUGGUAUCUGCCUCUGGUUAUCUGCCGCGCGCUGAGCACCGUUCCGGCCGCAUGGUGGGGUCUGCGAUGUGCGUUCACAUUCUUGGCCGAGCUCUUGCACAUCCAGCCGGGAAUGGGAGGGGAGGGGUGGGCGGCGGCGAUUGUUGGGAGUGUCGGGCAAGACUGGGAUGUUGAGCGAAGAUUCCGAGUCACCGAAGUGGCUUUGGCUAUUAUGUGGUGCUGCGCAUCCGCAUAUCUUUCCUACUUUUUUGCUGAUUGUAUGAUGUCUCGAUGGCUUUUGAAUUAUACCCCGCCAGCUGUUGUUAUUCGUCUCCUCACUACGAAUGGGUUGAUUGCUUAUAUUACUUCUUGGGUCCUUUAUCUUUCCGGGGCUUCAUCGGACCCCCGCUUACUUCUCCCUGCAUGGAUCUCCAUCACGACUACCCUCACCUUCCUUUACCAUGCCACGCAAAACCAUGCCACCAUCAAGCGAGAAACGGCUGCUGCGUUGCUUGUCGUCGCAGUGGCCAGCUUCGUGAGCAUGUCCUCCCUUCUCCUUCAGUUGCACUUGACUCGCGAGAACGAACCUGAGGUGCCAGUCUUCGUCAUCACUCGGAAAUUAUGGGACUGGGCGGUCCAGAUUUUUCUGCGCAUGCGCGUAUCGGACAGUAGGGCGUAUGCGUAUCCUCCUGGUGAACUCUAGAAAUUAGUUGAAUAGAUCCUCGUGGGCCUUGCCCGUGCCUGCUUC